AUGAGAUUCCGCUGGGCCUCUGGCCUGCUGGUUGCGCUGGCUGCCUCGGAGGCGCUUGCGGCGAGCAACUGGUUCAGCAAAGCAGUAUACAACAAAUGGCAUGAGACAGAGCUGGAACGAUGGCUCUCUGAUCACGACAUCCCAUAUCCCACGCCCGCCGAUCGCAAAGAGCUCGAGAACAUCGUCAAGGCCAACUGGGAGUCCAAGGUCCAGAUCCCGCUCGCCCACGCGUCCGAGCAGGCGUCGGAACACCUCGGCAAUGUGAAGGACUGGAUUUUCGACAGCUGGUCCGACUCCCACCUCAAGGCCUUCCUCGACCGACAUGGCAUCCCGAACCCCUCACCACGCAAGCGCGAGACCCUGCUGCAGGCAGCCCGCGAGAACUACGAGGCCAUCGCGAAGAAACUCGGCGAGACGGCCGCCUACCCGGGCAACUGGCUCUACGAGCAGUGGUCUGACUCGGAUUUAAAGGAGUGGCUCGACGAGCGCGGAUGGCCCAUCCCCCAGCCGACGACUCGCGACCGACUGAUUGCGGCGGUACGACGCCAGGCCCGUCUCGCCAGCAUCGCGGCGAAGAACGCUGCCUCGUCGGCAUCUGCCUCGGCUGCAGCGGCCCAGGCAACCCUGAGCGACGCCCUCUUCAACGCGUGGUCGGACUCGGAGCUCAAGCGGUUCCUCGACGAACACAACAUCAAGGUGCCGCAAGGCUCCAGACGGAACGAGCUCAUCGCGCUGGCCCGCAAGCACCGGGCGAAACUGCUCAGCGACGCGUCGACGGCGACGAACAUUCUCGGCGCUGCGACCUCGAAGGCUGGCAAUGAAUGGGCUCGCGCAACGGAGGACGCCAAGCUGAAGGCCGAGGACGCAUUCGACAAGGCCGUCCAGGCGUGGUCGGAUUCACGAUUGAAGGCAUACCUCGAUGCGAGAGGCAUUCCCGUUCCUCAAAGCUCGAAGCGGGAUGAGCUGCUGGCCAAGGUCAGACUGUACAAGCACAAGGCUGCAACAGGGAACACGGCCUGGACAUUUGACACCUGGAGUACGGAGAACCUGAAGAAAUACCUGUCUUCGCUGAACCACAAAGCCGCAGACCGCGCGGGCGCCACGCGCGACGAGCUAGUCAAGCAAGCGCAGGACGCAUAUACCAGGGCAUCCAAAGCCGGCGGCGCGAGCUACGCGACCGUGACCUCGUACCUGGCCAAAGCGACCGAGGCCGCGAGGGACACGACCUUCGAGAGCUGGUCCGAGUCGGAGCUGAAGAAGUAUCUGGAUUCGUACGGCAUCCCGACAUACCAGGGCUCGAACAUCAACGGGCUCCGGGCCGCCGCGCGGCGGAACGCGCAGUACUUCUACUACGGGACGACGACGCCGCAGGGGACGAUCCUGGCGCGGCUGAGGGAGAGCGGGCAGUGGCUGCUUGACCAGCUGCGGCUGGGGGCGUCGAGCGGGCGUGCCAGACAAGAGACCACCGGCACGAGUAAGAUCAAAGAGAAAGUGGCUCAAGCGGCGGCGAAGAUCCGUCAGGAUCUGUAA